UUAGUUGGCAUUACUGUAUGUCACGUCAAUCAAUCGAAUUUUUGUAAUUUCGUCUAUAAAGAGGAGAUCAAUUUUUCUAAAAGGAUAACCAAAAUUUGUGAAAGCUAUAAACUUUGAAAAAGAGAAAAGAAAAAUGAAUACUUCAACUCAAUUUCCUCGUUUCGAGAAACCGGUAGUGCAGUUCAACGAAACAGGGUGGGGGCCUUGUGAGUUGCCGGAUACAUUUAAGGAUGUGCCGUAUCAGCCCUUUAGCAAAAGUGAUCGAUUGGGCAAAAUUUGUGAUUGGACGAAUACAUCAAGUAGCGAUAAAAAGUAUCAAAAUAAGUAUGCUUCGUCGUUUGGCACUGGCAAUCAGUAUGCUUAUUAUCAUGAAGAAGAUGAAACUACUUUCCAUUUAGUGGACACAGCUCGUGACCAAAAGCCACCGCACCAACGUGGACGUUUUCGUACUAAUUUACGCAAUACAAGGGCCGGACGGGGUCGCAAUACUCGCGGGGGUUUGAAUUCUGUAAUGACUACAUUGGGCGGUAAGAAUAUAAAGUCUCGCGACGCACGUCGGGGUAUGACAAAGAAAUUCGGUGCCCGGAAUGUUCCCCCUAAGAUACGUGAGUCCUCGGUCGCUGUACGCUCGGACUGGACUUCCAUCGAAGAAAUGGACUUUCCGCGUCUUAUGAAAUUAUCCUUGCCGAAUAUUAAAGAAGGCGAAGAUAUUAUAACAUGUGGGACUUUGGAAUUUUACGAUAAAACUUAUGAUCGCAUUAAUGUUAAGAGUGAAAAACCUCUGCAAAAAAUUGACCGAAUUGUCCAUACAGUGACAACUACGGAUGAUCCUGUUAUACGUCGCUUGUCUAAAACUAUUGGCAAUGUUUUUGCUACCGAUGCCAUAUUGGCUACCAUUAUGUGUUCGACUCGUUCUAAUUAUUCUUGGGAUAUUGUGAUUGAAAAGUUCGGCGAUAAGAUAUUUAUGGACAAGCGCGACAAUACGGAAUUUGAUUUAUUGACGGUAAAUGAAACUUCCGUGGAACCACCAACCGAUGAUGACAGCUCCCCCAAUUCGCCAAGAAAUCUUGCAAUUGAAGCCACAUUUAUUAACCAUAACUUCAGCCAACAAGUCCUAAAAACUGGACCUAACGAAUCUAAAUACAAGUUCGAUGAGCCCAAUCCAUUUAUAAGCGAAGACGAAGAUAUUGAGGUAGCCAGCGUUGGCUACCGUUAUAAAAAGUGGGAUCUCGGAAGCGAUAUUGUUCUGGUGGCACGUUGCGAACAUGACGGUGUUUUUCAAACGCCUAAUGGUGAUCAUCAAUUUUUAUCAAUCAAAGCGUUAAAUGAGUGGGAUUCGAAAUUAGCUAACGGUAUGGAGUGGCGCCAAAAGUUAGAUACUCAACGUGGUGCUGUUCUUGCUAAUGAAUUACGUAACAACGCCUGCAAAUUAGCUAAGUGGACUGUUCAAGCUGUUCUGGCUGGCUCGGAUCAACUUAAAUUAGGUUAUGUGUCACGUAUUAAUUCUCGCGAUCCAUCAAGGCACGUUAUCUUAGGUACACAGCAAUUUAAACCCCACGAGUUCGCUGCUCAGAGCAACUUAAGCAUGGACAAUGCUUGGGGCGUAUUACGUUGCAUUAUAGACAUUGUUAUGAAGCAGAAGGAUGGAAAAUAUUUAAUUAUGAAAGAUCCCAAUAAGCCCAUGAUACGUUUGUAUGACAUACCAGACAACACAUUUGACAGUGACGAUUCCGAUGACGGCGAAGGUGACGAUGGCGAAGCUUUUCAACCGGUUUACAAUUAUGGAAAUAAGUAAAUGUAUUGUCCUAUCAGUAUCAUUGAAGAACUAAAUACAAUUACAUUUACUUUAAAAUACAAAAAUAAAAUUCGUGGAUUACAACCAUUUAAUAAGGUCAUCGGGUCUUCGUUGCAGAAACAUGUACAGCUCGAUUGCGUGCCAUGACAGCCAA